AUGGCUUCUAUCGGCUUGUUUGAAACAUCCAUAUCUCUUUUUUGCUUCCUCAUCUUCUAUUACUUCCUCAUCAAGAAACACUUUGGUUACUUUCUCAUCAAGAAAUACCUUCAAAGCUACCCUUGGAAUUGGCCUGUUCUUGGGAUGCUUCCAGCUGUGCUCAUGAGGUUCAACCGGAUCGACGAUGCCAUCUACAUCAUUGAGAAGACCAACUUGACAUUUGUAUUCAAGGGUCCCUGGUUCAGUAGAAUGGAUGCGUUGAUCACCGUUGAUCCAGCUAAUAUACAUCAUAUAUUGACCUCAAACUUCUCCAACUACGUCAAAGGACCGGAGUUCAAAGAGAUAUUUGAUGUGUUUGGAGACGUGAUAUUCAACACCGAUUCAGACCUAUGGAAGAAUCUAAGAAUGUCUACUCAGGUCAUGCUCAGUCAUCAAGGCUUUCAAAACUUUUCAAUGGAUGUCACAACAAGCAAACUCAAGGACGUGCUUCUUCCUCUUUUUAGUCGCUAUUCAGAGGAAGGCGCAAUCGUGGACUUGCAAGAUGUGUUCCGGAGAUUCAUGUUCGAUAUAUCCCUUGUUACAAUUACCGGGUCGGAUCCUCAGUCUCUCUCCAUUGACAUGCCAGAGGUUGAGUUCGCAGAAGCCUUCGAUAAUGCUGGGGAAGCCAUUUUAUUAAGGCAUGUCAAACCAAAAUUCUUGUGGAAGUUGCAAAACAUGAUGGGGUUGGGACAAGAGAAGAAGUUGACAGAAGCGAGUGUCACCUUUGAUCGACUCUGCACCAAAUAUAUAUUUUCAAAGAGAGAAGCGAUAAGAUCACAAGGGAUGGGUCAUGAUCACUCCGAUGUAGAAAGUGAAGAUAUUUUAACGUAUCACAUAAAGCUAGAUACAAGUAAGUACGAGCUCUUGGAUCCAAGUGAUGAUAAGUUCCUUAGAGACACCAUUGUAGCUUUCAUCUUCGCAGGGAGAGAUACCACUGCCACUGCUCUCACUUGGUUUUUCGGGAUCCUUUCCGUAAACCCUCACGUGGAAGCCAAGAUUCGCCAAGAGAUAGACACAAAUCUACCAAAAGCUGGAAGCAGUCAAGAGAGGUCAUGGUCGACUAGUGAUCGCAGAGAGUAUUUGAACAAGUUGGUGUAUUUACAUGGGGCUUUGUAUGAAGCAAUGCGGCUUUAUCCACCAAUUCCGUUCGAGCGCAAGACUUCUAUAAAAUCAGAAGUACUUCCAAGUGGUCACAAAAUCGAUGCAAACUCUAACAUUAUCAUCCCUAUCUAUGCUUUAGGGAGGAUGAGAUCUGUAUGGGGAGAUGACGCAUGGGAGUUCAAGCCAGAGAGAUGGGUUUCAGAGACUGGAGGGUUGAGACAUGAGCCUUCUUCCAAGUUCUUAGCAUUUAACUCCGGUCCAAGAACUUGUCCUGGUAGGCAUUUAGCUAUGGUGACAUUGAAGACCGUGGUCGUGGAGAUAUUACAAAACUAUGACAUCAAUCUCGCUAAAGGACACAAGAUUGAGCCAAAGCCUCGUCUUGCUCUUCACAUGAAGCAUGGGCUUAGAGUCACGCUUACUAAGAGAUGUUCGGCUUAA